CUCUCUCUCUCUCUCUCUCUCUGUGCUGCUUUGAUUCAAAGAAAACCCUUUUGAUUUACCAUCAGCUUUAGAUCUUGUUUCUUUGAUCUGGGUUUUUGUCCGACUCUUCAUUUUAUCCACUUUUGAUUCGAUUCUCUUAUCUUCAGGUGAGUUAUGUUAAUUUUGCAAGUUUACUGUUUAUGUUCUUCUUUAUCUUUAUCUUUUAGCUCGGAUUUCAAAACCCCUUUUGGUUUAUUGUGUGAAAUUUCUUGUUUUGAUCUGAUUUUUAUUUUUCACUUUAUCCACUUUUUGAUUCGAUUCUCUUGAGUUGAGUUUCUGCAAGUUCAGUGUGCUUAUGUUCUUUCUUAUCUCUAUCUCCUAUUUAGUUUCCRAAAAAYCCUUUUGAYUUAUUGAUUUCAAUUACUUUGUUUUGAUCUGGAUUACUCCUACUUCUUUUUGUUCAAUUCUCUUCAGGUGGGCCAUGUUUUAGUGAUUCUCUUCAUCCUUAUUUGAUUGAUAGCUGCUCUGUUUGCCCCUUUUGGAUUUUGAAACAUUUUGGUUGCUUUGAUGCUAAUAUUCCUGUUUCAUUUGGCUUUUUGGAGCUUAUAAGCCAGUGAUUAUGAUUUGACUGUAGUAUUUGUAAUCUAAAUCAAAUGGGUUCUUUUAGAUCUGUUCAUCAAGGUCUUUCCAUCUGUUCAAUCAAGCUCUUUCCAGUUGGUUUUUAUGUUCUGAUAUCCAAAAUUAGUUGAAGCCCAAUUUUUUUCAAUGGUUUGAUUUUUAGGUAUAGUUGAGUCUUGACUUCAAAUUUGACAAGGACUUUCUUUUUGUUUCAAAAUUGAAAAGAUCAUUUUACAAUAUGAAGGGUGUUCAUAAUGAAAUUAAAAGACUACAAAUAUGAAUGCAGAAUUUCCAAUUUGCAUAUUACUUGGUUUGAUUCUCUAAAAUCAAUUACAAAUUUGGUUUUCUGAUGAACCAUCUUCCAAUAUUCAUCCCCUCUGCUAACCAUUGUUUUCCCAAAUCAUUAAACAAAAGUUUGUAUGAAUCCAUAAUCUUUUGAGUUAUUUCAUGUUAAGAAUUGUAUCUUCAAUUUGCUUGUUCAGAUAUUAUGGAGUGGUAUUUCGGUAACGAGGUUGAAGAUCUUGUUGUUCCAAAGGAUUAUGAACAACCAGAGAUGAUAUCAUCACCAGAAAGCUGGUCACAAUGGGGAAUCAAUGCUUUUGGGGGUUCCGAUUUUCCAAAAAAGAACUACAAUUCGAAUGCAAAUGCAAACAUGACCCGCGAAGAACUCACCUUCAAUGGAGGCAAAAACUUCUACACUUCAAUUGACAUGGAUGAUUCCAACAAUGGAAGACAGAAAUCCAACAAUUCAAGCAUGAACCAAGGACUAUACAACAAUGGUGGUUCCCUUCUGUGGAAUGAUCAAGCAGAUUUUCAACAAUUUACAGAGGAAGAAGCCAGAAUCAAUCACAUGGAUGACCUUUUCUUCAGUUCGUUACUUGAAGAAGAUCCAACUAAAGAUUCAACGGAGUCCCAUGACAACACAAUGCUUGACAACAAUGUUAACAUCUUCAAGGGAGAGAUGGUAAGCUCACAGAAUGUUGGAAGCCAUGGACAAAACACCGGAAGCUCAAAAUAUCUCAAAACACAUGCGUUCUCCCCAUCAAACGAUUGGAGUAAUGAAGUUUCAACUCCUUAUGAAAUGCCAGAGCAAUAUACAAAUGACGAGAACUCAAUGGAAGAAUCUGUGCUGAAAGAUCUUGAAAGGGUGACUGCACUGUUCACAGACAAAACUCGAAUUUGCUUUAGAGAUGCUUUCUACCGCCUUGCAGAAAGCUCCAAACAAUCAGUAAACUCAUGCCAAGAUGGAGAACCUAUGAUGACUUCUAAUGAUGAUACAUUGAGGUCUGGAGAAACCGAAGUUUCAGAAUCAAAAACAAACGUAAUUGACAGAGCAGUUGCCAGUCUCAUGUUCAAUAAGUUCGAUUAUGAGGACAACGACCAUCAAACGGACUAUGAAGACGAUGCAGAAGUCCCCAUUGGUGGCAUGCAUGAAUUGGCACAAUCAACUGCUCACUAGUUACUAACCUCUAGAGAUGCACCCGUUGAAAACAACCAACGAAAAGGUUGUUCCUCCUUGUGAUUUGGAGGUCACUUGUUUUUGCAUCGAGCCCAUAUGUAAAAGCGUUUGGUCCAACCCCACUUUUCGGUGCAUCAUGGUCCAUCCCAAGUGGUGCAUGGUGUUAUGUGUAUAUGUUGAAGUUAGCUUACCUAACUAUAUGGAGGAUGUAGCCCAGAAUAUCUGGGCUGCAUCCUCCAAUUUUGAAUGGCUUUUUUCUGGACCAUUUUUGUUGUGUAGACAAGUUUUUAUGCAAUAUGUCUAGUUCUUUCGGAAAUCAUGACUGAUGUCUUGCUUUAGUUGCAACAGUGACUUUGUUAUGAAAGAUUAGAUCAACGAAAUGGGCAUGUAUGAUAUGGUUUGGAUGUUUUGGCAUGAGUGGUAUACAAGGUUUUAGAAGA